CCCUUCUUUAAUUCUGUUGUUCUUUUUUUCUCUACUCGAUAAACAGCUGUUAAACCCUUUUUAAACCUAUCUCUAUAAACUACCCUUUAGAACUAUUAGAAUCUGUUUAAAAUGAUUGCUUUUUAAAUUGUUUAUCGUGUUUCCCGUUUGUUAUUUGACCAUCCCCUAAUAUCUGUAUCUGUUAAACUUGUUAAAUAUUUGAUAUUUUGUUAAAUUUGUUAAACAUGUUUUUUGAUUGUAACUGUCAAAAAAUGUUCUUUUGUAAUCCCACCUUCAAGCCAUUUUUCUCUUAUACUACUGACGAACCCUCAACCUGCACCAGAAAGAAAGUCUAAUUUAUCCCAAGCGCGCCACUCAAGUAAUUUUUCUUAAUCGAUUAAAAGGAAAAAAAUAUAAAAAUGAACAUGUCUACUACAACAUACAACCAGAAUCUCUUCGCUACUACCACUAAUAACAACAACAAUAACAGCAACAAUACUAAUGCUAGUGGUAGUAGCAGCAAUGCUUUCAUGUCUCAGCAAGACCAGCUUGUCUUUGCUCAGCUUUUGAACAAUCCAACAGCAACUCCUGCUCUUUCUAUCCAUUCCUCAACUUCAUCUGCUUCGUCACCUCCCAUUUUAGCUGAUGAUGAUUGGUUUAGCUCUUCAACAAUUACUCCGACUCUGAUCAGUAAUGCUGUUGCUGAGCUAUUCCUCAAGCAACAACACUCAUCUGAUAUUCUUUUGCAAGAUAUUCUUCAGUUAUUACCUAUCUCACCACCUUUGACAGCUGAAAGUCUCGGUUCAACAUCAUCAGAAAAACAACAACAACAGCAACAACAGGAUGAUCCUGUUUCGGCUGAAGCUUUGGUUGCUUUGUUCCCUGAUAUCUUGACCGGCACCCUUGCUAGUAAUACACAACAGCAACCACAAGAAACACCUCCACCUAUGCCUGUCAAAGUGCAACAACAACCAGCAGCAGCAACUCAUUUCCGUCGUUUGGCGCCUAUCACCCCUAAACCUAUUAUGCCCAGGACAAGUAAUGCAGUUCUUAUUGCACCCCGUCCUACAGUUGCUGGUGCUUGUGGCUCUCUAAACGUUCCAACUCUUUCUCCUCCUAUUACUGCUGCUGUUCCUGCCACUAAUAUGGGUAUUAAACGCAAGUUGAUGACGAGUCCUCAACAAACAGAUGAAGCUGCCUUGAAACGUCAAAAGAAUACAGAUGCUGCUCGUCGAUCUCGUCUAAAGAAGAUUAUCAAGAUGGAGAAUUUGGAAAAGAAAGUUGCUGAGCUUGAGAGCGAAAAUGCUAGACUUACGACCCGUGUUGCCGUGCUUGAGUCUGAGAAGAGUGCUCUUUCUUCUAAAGAAAAAGGUCUUGAAGACCGCAUCCGAGUAUUAGAAACUCAAUUAGCCGAAGCUCAUAAAGCUCUUACUUCCAAACUUUCUUCUUAAUUUUACAUAUAAUGCAUCUCUUUAUUAUAACAUUUUAGUAUAGUAUAAUAUUAUCACUAUCAUUUCUUUUUACUAUACUUUGCUUUUUCUAUCACACUGACAAAUCAUAAAUCAUAUUUACAAUUUGCUUUUCAUACAAAGUUGAUUCAAUAAAUAUUUUAUAAACAAGAUCUGUGC